AUGUCAGGAAACGGUCUCCGUACAUUUUCCUCGUGUUAAAGUCAGUCGUUGAUCAGUCCAAUAGCGGCGUAAUAACGUUCACAUGAGUGAUUUUUGUGUUGAUGUACUGAAAUCGCUGUGUAAUGUGUGUAACAGUAUUUAGGAGACACUGUGGUUGAUAUGGAUCUCCAGAAGAUUUAAAAAACAAACACUGGACAGGUGUUCUCUUAUCUCGUGACGGUAUCUGUUUAGACAGCUAAAAUGGCGUGCCCUGCAACUCCCCGAGAUCUGAAGCAGAUGGUGAGAGACGGACUGAGUACACUGCUGUUUAGUUUUGGUUACAAAACAGGAAUAAUCGAUGCCUUUAUAAAAAUACAACAACCUUGCACAGCAGAGGAACUCAGUCAAAAGUCAGAGAAAAAGUUACGAUACCUACAAGAAUGGCUCAGUGGUAUGAUAGGAGCAGGAAUCGUCAAACUCCACGAGGACGGAAAAUACUCACUUCCGUAUGAAGAAGCCUUAUUACGACAAUGGGGAGACGUUUCCUCCGUCAUUCCUAUUUUCUAUGAGCAAUUUCCAAAACUGGAAAAUGUUAUUGCAGAAGAUGGACCAAAUGGUUAUGGAUACUAUGAACCCUUUCUGAAGUGGUUGGACGCAUACCGCUCACCAGAUAUACUUCAGGCCUGGAACCAGAAUUUUUUGGUCCCAGUGGUGGAGCUAAAACAAGAAAAGGAUUUCACGCUGUUGGAUAUUGGGUGUGGUUAUGGGAAACACACCAGAGAGGUGGCCAAACUGUAUCCCACCUGUACAUUAUACGGUAUCGACACAGACCAAGUCUCCAUAGACCAAGCCAAGAUGGAACUUGCAAAAGGUGGCCCGCAGAACAUUCAGUAUAGUUGCAUGAAAGCGACUGAACUUCCACCAGAAUGGACAGACAAAUUUGAUUUUGUCUUCAUGAACGAUGUCCUCCAUGAUGCAUACGGUGUGGACGAUAUUUUGAGAGAGUUCAAGAGAGUUCUGAAACCAGAUGGUUACGGAGCAGUGUUUGACCCGCCCGUGUCCUCUUAUCCCGAAAAGCAAGCUAACGACGAAAAUGCACAAUUUUAUAUGCCUUUCAGUCUUUUUUCGUGCCUUCCAGUGAGUUCUUUGGGUGAAAAUGGAAAUGGGUAUGGCAUCGGUUGGGGAUACGAGCGUCGAAAACAGAAGAUAGAGGAACAUGGGUUCACAUUGGUCAAGAUUAGUGAGGACAUUAACACAAUACAAGAGGGCAUUGUCUUCCAAAAGAACGUAAAACAAGGAUAUUCUUAAAACAAAUGUCAGAACUUUAGAAAUAAGUUUGGAAUACAGUAAAAAUAAAAGCGUUUUUCGCAUUAUAAACUUAA